AUGGCCACUCCCACUAAGCUUGAACAGGACAUAUCUGGUAAGAAAGUUGAUAUUUCAAGCAAUAGAGGUAUGAUUGGCUCAUUACUCUAUCUCACUGCUAGUAGACCUGAUAUAAUGUUUGCAACAUGUUUAUGUGCAAGGUUCCCGAGUGAUGCUAAAGAGUCACAUCUUAUAACUGAUGCAGGAUUGAUAGGAAAAGCAACUUCUGGAAGCUGUCAGUUUCUAGGACGACGGUUGGUUUCCUGGUACAGCAAGAAACAACACUCAGUAUCUACCUCGACAGCGGAAGCAGAAUAUAUUGCGGAAGGUAGCUGUUGUGCUCAGAUCUUAUGGAUUAGGAAUCAGCUUAAUGACUAUGGACUUGUAUUAAACAAAAUUCCCUAUAUUUUGUGA